AGUCGGUAGGCCCCAUGGACCUAUAAAGAACGGCCUAGUGAGCGUCGCCCUGUCUGAACUCUGAAGGCGAAGUCACGUCCUUACAUCUCCAUCACUUUUGGUCGCGUACGAAUAAUAACCAUGUCAGAGAACCGUGGCGAUGCAGAGGAGCGAGGAGACAGUGUGGACGCCAAAUUCUGGCCUCACAGGCAAUCCAAGGCUCCCAACCCCCCUGACAAGGCGGGGCGAGAGGGAAAAGCUGGAGCUGGUUCCGCGGACGCCAACCGCUACAGAAUGGACUACCAAAGCAUCGGAACCUGUGUGAUCAUCAACAACAAGAACUUCCAUAAGAGCACGGGCAAGGAAACCCGUGAGGGGACCAACGUGGAUGCGGACGCUGUGGCGAGGACAUUCCACGGUCUGGGCUACAAGAUAAGAAGAGAAAACGACCGGACCGUGGGAGAGAUGGAGGAGCUGCUCCACACUGUGUCCCAGGAGGACCACAGUGGCUCCGCCUCCUUUGUGUGCGUGCUGCUGAGCCACGGCGAUGAAAAGAACUUCUACGGGACGGACGCCUCCACCGAGCUCAAGACGCUGACCGAAAUGUUCCGCGGCGACCACUGCAAGACUCUGGUGGCCAAGCCCAAACUCUUCUUCAUACAGGCAUGUCAUGGCAACUGUUUGGACGAUGACAUUCAGAUGGACAGCUCCUGCGACGAAUCAUGGGAUAGGAUUCCCGUGGAGGCGGACUUCUUGUACGCCCACUCUAACACUCCAGGCAACUUAUCUUGGAGGAACGAGGGCAAAGGCUCCUGGUUCAUACAGGCGCUGUGCGAGAUGCUGAAGGAACACAGCAAUCAGCUGGAGUUGAUGAAGAUCAUGACGCGGGUCAACCGCAAGGUGGCGCUGGAUUUGGCGUCGUCCACCCACGAUCAUGAGACCAAUGAGAAGGAUCAGAUGCCAUCCAUCACCACCAUGUUGACCAAGGAGUUCCACUUCCAUUGAUAGUUGCCAACUGAUGGAUUGUUGGGACUGUUGGAACCGUUAAAGUGAUGGUAUUGAUUCAACUACUGGUGCUGAGGAAAUUAUUGGCUGUUUUUUUGUUUCUUCGGGUCUGUCCUGUCUGUGCUUGUGGUGGAUGGGAGAAGCAUUUGUGGCUGUCUUUGCGAUCUAUUUGAUUGGAACUGGGGAUCCUGUGCUUGCUUUGAUAUACUUUACGUCUAUUCCACAAGGUGCUCUGGAGAUGAACAGCUGUGGCCACAUUUUAAUCACUUAUUUUACAUAGAAUUUCUAGAUUAUUAAGUGAAUGCAAGUCUUUUAAAUAUUAAACAUUAUUACGCUUGAGUAAUAUCAGUUUGUUGUUGCUGUAUUAGGCGAUAUUUUUUAAAUUGCACUUGUAAGCAAAAUGUUCAUGUCAAUUUGUUUAUGAAAAUACUAAAUAAGAAGUAAACCAGAAUGAUGCAGGACUCAUCAGUCAUUUCUCUAAUAACGAGACCACUAACCUUUUAGGAUUUUCAACUAAAGUCCAGUUUGACGCCAGUCCAUGUACACAUUCGCAAAGCAGCUUGAAUCUGUUAGCAGCCCGGGGCCUGUAGUCCAGUCUGGAGCUGAGCCUAGAGGACUUGCUGUUCAGGCAGGCAGAUGAAAUGCCCGAUCCCUCGAGCUGAUGUCGGCCUCCUCCAGAACACUGGUGUUGGUGCGUCUGAUUGUCCUAGAAAUGAACUGCUUUGGCCUCCAUUAUGGAGGACUCGUAGGAUCUGUUACCAGGAUGAAUUGGGGAAACCUUCGUCAUCUCUAGAAAGAGACCGAUGGACUACCUAUUACCUAUUAUUUGAAUGCAUAUGGAUUUAAUAAACCAAAUAUAGAUUUCUUUCAUAAAAUCUUUGAAGGCACACUUGCAAACAGUUGUCACUUUGAACACAAUUG